AUGCUCGCUUCGUUGAGGUCGCUGGCUGUUACUCGAGCGGCGUUGCGGCUGUUUGCUCGUCCCUCCCCCGUGUCGUGGGUGCGGCCCCAGCCCCGCUGGUUCUCCCACUCCACCAUCCGCAACCACGGCCACAUACACAAGCCUAACCCGGGUGAAGAAUUGCACAUCACCUUCAUCACUAAGGAAGGCGACCAGUUUACUUACGAAGUGGCCGAAGGCGACAACAUUUUGGACAUCGCCCAGGCGCACGGGCUCGACAUGGAAGGCGCCUGUGGCGGUCUGUGCGCCUGCUCCACCUGCCAUGUCAUCGUUGAUCCCGAGUUCUACGACGAGAUCCCCGAACCGAGCGACGACGAAAACGACAUGUUGGACUUGGCGUUCGGGUUGACGGAAACCCUGCGUUUGGGGUGCCAGGUGCAGAUGACGAAGGAGUUGGACGGCAUCCGCGUGGCGUUGCCGGCAAUGACGAGAAACUUGCAGGCCAAAGACUUUAAUUAA